GCUUUGUGCUCAACGCCACAACAACAUCCUGCACGCCAACCAGAAAAUUCUCCUCAAAGCCAACCAAAAUGACGGUCAUUGACACCUCCAUUGAGAUCGACCGCUCGCCGGCCGAAGUGCGCGCCAUUGUCCUCGACUUCGAGCGCAUGCACGAAUGGCACACCAGCUUCCUGAAGGUCAUGCAGCCGCUGCCCAAGGGAACUAAGACCCCGGAGCAGCUGGUCGCCGGCGACGAUAUGUAUCUCAAAUUCCUGAUGGUCGGAACCAACGUGAAGAUUGUGGAAAACUCCGAAAAGGCCCUCACCUGGGAAGGCGGCCCAGCGCUUCUCUUCCACGGCAUCCACUCGCUUCAGUUCAUCCCGCUCGACGACGGCAAGCGCACGCUGUUCAAGAACGGCGAGACUUUCACCGGCGUGUUCGGCCAGGGCGCUGGCUUGCCCGGUAUCAAGAGCAACGUCUCAAACCUCUACGACGGAUACAACAAGGACUUGAAGAAGCGCGCAGAGCAGGCGCUCGGCGAAGCAGGUGUCCAGGCAUAA